GGGUGCUAAACGCAAAAGCAACCAAGUCGCCAACUUUCAAUUCAAACGGAGAAGAUGACUCCCAUUUUAUAAUCUCUCUGGAGCAGAUAUUCUUCUUCCUGCAAUCCCCCUUCCCCUUACCUUCCUCUUUUUCCGACGGCCAAAUCCUCAUAAAAACCGCGUCUUUCUUGCAGAAUCUUCUCUCCACGCUCUAAAUAACUCCAAAAUCCCAACCUUCCUCCUCAAAUCAACUCAAAGCCCUCUGCUUUCAGCUGAAUCAGGGGCACGGAUUCAGAAAUGAAUAAUCUUUUCUCAUCAUCAUGGCAAAGAGAUCCCCCAUCCCCCAACGGCAGCAUCCCCAUGUCGAGAACGCCAAGCUCCGGCAUCGCUCCGGCGGCUGCGGCCGGAGGCGAAAAUCUUGAUAAAUUCUUUCAAGAAGUCGAGUCGAUCAAGGAAGAACUCAACGGAAUCGAGCGAGCCCAUCGCAGCUUGCAAGAAUCGAAUGAAUCCCUCAAAACUCUUCACUCACCCAUGGCCGUUCGAGAGCUCCGCGCCCGCAUGGACGGCGAGGUAUCUCAGGCCCUGAAGAGAGCGAAACUCGUGAAGCUGAAGCUGGAAUCCCUUGAGCGAUCGAACGCGGCGAGCCGGUCGGUUCCCGGCUGCGGGCCGGGUUCAUCGUCCGACCGGACCCGGACCUCCGUGGUCGCCGGGCUGAAGAAGAAGCUGAAAGAUCAGAUGGACGCGUUUGGGGAUCUCCGGCGGCGCGUGGCGGCGGAUCACCGUGAGGUGGUGGCGCGAAGAUACUACGCAGUAACAGGGGAGAAAGCGGAUGAAGAGACAAUCGACGCAAUGGCGGCGGCAGAAGGACGAGGGGAAGGGAUAUUGCGGGCUGCGAUCGAAGGCAGAGGGGCGGUGGAGGCGGCGGUGGCGGAGAUGAGGGAGAGGAGAGGAGCGGUGGAGGAGAUUGAGAGGAGCUUGAUGGAGCUGCACCAGGUGUUUCUGGACAUGGCGGUGAUGGUGGAGACGCAGGGCCAUCAGCUUGAUGAUAUAGAGAGUCAGGUUGGGAGAGCAAGCUCUUUCGUUGACCAUGGAGUCAAACAGCUUCAUCAGGCUAGAAGGCAUCAGCUAAGUACGAGGAAGUGGACUUGCAUUGCGCUCCUAAUUUUGAUUAUAAUUGUGCUCAUUAUUGUGCUUCCGAUUGUGCUGAAGAAAUGAGGGAGGGGGGAGGAAAUUUUUAGGGUUUUGGUAUGAAGUUUAUAAUUAGGGAUUUGUUUUUGGUUUGAUUUAUUUGAGGGGGAGAAAAGAGUGUUUUGUAUGCAUCACCGUUUGUGUAUGUGUUAUAUAUAAAUAAGAUGUCUUGUUUGGAUUA